AUGCCUGAAUCCCGGUACAUCGGUGCCUUUGGCGUGGAAGGUUGGGCGACAAGAAGCGGUACGAACCUCCUGAAGCACGGCGAUAUCGUUAAAAUCGAGCGACAAAAAAUACAGCCUCCCCAGCCUGCCGCACUCAAAGGAAAGGCUAAGCUGGGGGUAUCCGUUGCAGCUCCACGACCGAACAAUCUUGCAUCCAAGAGAGUCGAUGUCAUUGUUCGAUUCACCAACUCCAAGGGCAUGGAAGUUGGCCGGCUAGCAAAAGACACCGCCGAUUGGGUUUCCCCGCUGCUGGAUCAAGGAGUUUGCAAAUUUGAGGGUACCUGUGUUGACAACCCCGGCUCUUCACCUCCGUCAGAUGAGAAUGAAGAUGGCGAAGAACUCGAACAAGACCAGUUGGAUGCUCUUUACAAGAAGGCUCAAUCCUUCGACUUUACUACUCCAGAGGCCGAACCAGCUGACACCUUCGCCAUGACGCUUCGUCCUUAUCAGAAACAAGCAUUGCAUUGGAUGAUGUCAAAGGAGAGGGACGAGAAAGACAAGGGAAGGGACGUGUCAAUGCACCCUCUCUGGGAAGAAUAUUCUUGGCCUGGAAAGGAUGUCGACGACCAGGAGCUACCUCCUAUACCUGGUCAGCCGACCUUCUACGUCAAUCCCUAUUCUGGAGAUCUGUCUCUCGACUUUCCUAGGCAAGAACAGCAUUGCCUUGGCGGUAUCCUUGCCGAUGAGAUGGGCUUGGGCAAAACAAUACAGAUGCUCAGCCUUGUUCACACCAAUAAAUCUCAGGUGGCAUUGGAAGCCCGUCAAUCACCAAAAUCUAUCACCUCUCUCAACAGCUUACCACGAAUCUCUGCAUCUGGUGCGGGAGUGGCCAACGCUCCAUGCACAACUCUAGUCAUUGCUCCUAUGUCAUUACUUGCGCAAUGGCAGAGCGAGGCCGAAAAUGCAUCUCUUGAAGGUACUAUCAAGUCAAUGGUCUACUAUGGAAACGACAAGAUCGGCAAUCUCCAAAGCCUAUGUUGUGAAGCCAAUGCAGCAUCGGCCCCUGAUGUAGUGAUCACAAGCUAUGGCGUGGUCUUGUCUGAGUUCACACAGCUCGCCAAGACCGGGAGACGAGACGUUGGGUCUGGAUUAUUUUCACUGAACUUCUUCCGCAUCAUCCUAGAUGAGGCUCAUACGAUCAAGAACCGUCAAUCUAAAACAGCCAAGGCGUGCUAUGAGUUGUCUGCAGAACACCGAUGGGUCUUGACCGGAACACCCAUUGUCAACAAACUUGAGGACCUCUUCAGCUUGGUAAGAUUUCUUAGAGUGGAGCCGUGGAAUAACUUCUCCUUUUGGCGGACAUUUAUCACCGUGCCGUUCGAGUCAAAGAACUUUAUGCGCGCGCUCGAUGUAGUUCAGACCGUACUUGAGCCUUUAGUCAUGAGAAGAACAAAGGAUAUGAAGACUCCUGAUGGCCAGCCACUGGUGGCAUUGCCACCCAAGCAAAUCGAGAUUGUCGAUGUCGAGCUGUCGAGGACUGAACGAGAUGUUUAUGAUCACAUCUUUACGCGUGCGAAGAGAACUUUCCAAGCAAACAUGGAGGCGGGAACAGUCAUGAAGGCGUUCACGACAAUAUUCGCCCAAUUACUCCGGCUGCGGCAAUCGUGCUGCCACCCCAUCUUGGUCAGGAACCAGGAUGUGGUCACCGACGAGGAAGAAGCGAGCGCCGCUGCCGAUGCAGCCGCAGGCUUUGCAGAUGACAUGGACCUACAGUCGUUGAUUGAAAGAUUCACUGCCACAACGGACGACGACGCGGACUCGAACGCCUUCGGAGCACACGUUCUAGCUCAGAUCCGAGACGAGACUGUUAAUGAAUGUCCCAUCUGCUGUGAAGAGCCCAUGAUAGAGCAGACCGUCACAGGAUGUUGGCACUCUGCUUGCAGAAAGUGCUUGUUGGACUACAUCAACCACCAGACAGACAAUCAUGAGUUGCCCAGAUGCUUCAAUUGCAGAGAACCGAUUAACAGCCGGGAUCUCUUUGAGGUCAUCCGACACGAUGACGAGCCAACCUCGCCAGGCCAACCACCUCGUAUCAGCCUCCAGAGACUUGGUGUGAAUAAUUCUUCCGCGAAGAUCGUCGCCUUGAUCCAGCAUUUGCGAGCUUUACGGAGAGAAAACCCGAUCAUGAAGUCGGUCGUCUUCAGCCAAUUCACCUCUUUCAUGUCACUCAUCGAACCGGCCUUGGCAAGAGCCAAUAUCAACUUCCUUCGCCUGGAUGGCUCCAUGGCACAGAAAGCACGUGCCGCCGUGUUAACCAAAUUCAAAGACUGUACAACAUUUACAGUCUUGAUUAUCAGCUUACGAGCUGGUGGAGUGGGCUUAAACCUGACUUCAGCGAAGCGAGUGUACAUGAUGGACCCAUGGUGGAGUUUUGCGAUCGAGGCGCAGGCUAUUGAUCGUGUACACAGAAUGGGUCAAGAUGAUGAAGUCAAAGUGUGUCGCUUCAUCGUGAAGGAUAGCGUGGAAGAGAGAAUGUUGAAAGUCCAGGACAGAAAAAAGUUCAUCGCUACUUCUCUUGGCAUGAUGAGUGACGAAGAGAAGAAAAUGCAACGUAUCGAGGAUAUCAAAGAGCUGCUUAGCUAA